AUGAGCGGCGAAGAAACAUUACUUCAACGGAGGAAGAAGGCUGUUCGUUUCUCGAAGGAAGAGACCCUUUUGAUAUUGCGAGCUUAUAAAGAGCACCCGACUAGAUGGGCGGAUGUACUUGAAGAUGUACAAGAAAAUCUCGACCAUCUUCCUCAGGCAGCAAGGGACCUGUAUAGAAAUGGCUCGAUAAGAAAGCUGACAGACAGGAUGUCGGCAAAGUUGUCGAAACUGAUGGCUACGGGGGGAGUGAUAGAAGAUGAAGAUAUUAGGCGUGAAGUUAACCUGAUUCGAGAGAACGAACGAAGAAAUGUUAGAAAUGUGCCUGCAGUACCUGCAGGGGAACAGGUAAAUGAACAGCCAGAUGAUGUGUCUGACAAUGAGCAACCUGACCAGGUCAACCAGCAAAACAACCACCAACCUGGAGCUGCAGAUCGAAGGGACGCUAUGGCGGCUGCUGUAUCAGACACUGAAUCGGAUGGCGCACCGGCAGCACCAGAACCUCGGAGGCGCCGUCGGCGUCUUUCAGAUUUGAUUAAAGAAAAUCAUGAACUUUAUAAUGAUUUUAUGAAAAAGAAAAUGCCACGAUUUAUGCGCCAUUUCGGGCUUGAUUCGUCUAGUGAUGAUUAGGUAGUUAAUGUAAUUUUAUUUUCAAAACGUCUUAUUUUACAAUAAAGAUUCCAUUUCACACUUUUUUUCAUUAAUGACACCAUG